AAACCUCAGACUUGGCUUGCGAGCCCAAAACCCGAAGCCAUGUCCUCUGUUUUUCCCGUUCUGUCUCUUUCACGAAUGGUGAGGGGUUCUUCAGUCGACACAAAGCAGAGACUGUCUUACAAUCCUCAUCGCACAUAUCCCCGAAGCUCAGGCACACUCUCUACGGCAGCGCCACCCAUCAUUUCCACCGCGAACAGCCGCCCGGAGAUAUCAAUUUCAGAUAUCCUCAGACGCGAUGACCCCACUUCGAGUCACGGGAAAUUACCUGAAACGUAUCUUGGGUUUGAGACAUGGUUGCCGAAUCCGCCAAAAGUGGAGAAGCCUCGGUCAGUUUUCAAUGCAGCAUCUCUAGCUUAUAUUGGAGAUAGCAUUUUCGAGAUAUAUGCCCGAAGGCACUUUUUAUUCCCACCAUUGAACAUUGAAGAACACAAUGAUCGUGUGAUGGCAGUAGUUCGUUGUGAGACUCAAAGUGCCAUGUUGCAAAAACUUAUCAAUGACAAUUCCUUAUCAGAAGAAGAAAGGGAAGUGCUUCGCUGGGGAAAAAAUGUUGGUUCUGGGAAAACAAAGACUAAAAAACGUGCUGGCGUUGCUAUUUACAACAAAGCAUCAUCACUUGAAACCCUUAUUGGUUACCUAUACCUGACUAAUAAGAUGCGGCUAGAAGAGAUCAUGCUUAAGUUGGGUUUCUGUACCGGAGCUUCAUCUGAACUUAUUGUGAAGAGCAGACACGGUUUAGAGAACGAUAGUCAUGAAGUAUCAUCAUGAUGAAUUGCGGUAAGACAUACAGAUUGCGGUGGUACAUCAUGAAGCAGGGUUAGCAGGCGUAGUAUAUGUAGACAACCACAUUGUCUGUUGAGAUUAGAAAGGUUUUUAUCUUACAGCUUGAUGACAAUUACAUUCGCGUAUUUUUGUAAUUUUCAUGGAAGAAUAUUCAUUUCGUAGUUAUGUUUUUUGUCAUUUAGAUUCUAUUCGGUGUUCAUAUAAUACUCUCUCCAUCUUGAAAAUAAGUUUUCACUUUCCAUUUAUAGGUG